UUAGGUUGAAUUCAAUGGAUUAACCGGAAAGAUAUCAUUCAAAGAAGGCGUGCGUUCGGGCGUUAAAAUGGAUUUAUUAAAGCUUAGGCAACAAGAACUCGACAAAGUCGGCGAAUUCACAAUCGAUUCCGGACUCAAUAUAACAAAACUUCAUGCUUUCCGAGAGUUUGGUUACAAUAAUAUUACACUCAAAGUCACUACAAUUGAGUCGCCGCCUUAUAUAAUGAUACGGAGGACCAACGGCUCAGACGUUAUAAAAUACGAUGGCUUUUGCAUAGAUAUGCUGAACGCUAUCUCCAGAGAAUUGGGCUUCAGUUACAAAAUAUAUUUAGUGCCCGACAAACGGUUCGGCGCCGAGAAUGCCAGUAAUCCGGGCCAAUGGAACGGAUUAGUACAGGAGCUUAUACUUAAAAAGGCAGACUUAGCGGUCGCUCCGAUGACCAUAUCGUACGCUCGCGAAGAAGUGAUCGACUUUACAAAACCAUUCAUGAAUUUAGGGAUAGGAAUCCUAUUCAAGAUUCCCACUCAAAUGCCUACCCGUUUGUUCUCAUUCAUGAAUCCAUUAGCUGUUGACAUAUGGCUGUAUGUUGUGGUGGCUUACAUACUGGUCAGCUCUACCCUCUUCAUUGUGGCCCGAUUUAGUCCAUUUGAAUGGCAAAACCCUCAUCCAUGCGAAAAGGAUUCGGAUGUGACAGAGAAUCAGUUUAGUUUAGCCGAUUCAUUUUGGUUCACAAUUGUGACACUCAUGAAACAGGGCUGUGACCUGAAUCCCAGAUCCAUAUCCACGCGUAUAAUCGGUGCCAUUUGGUGGUUCUUCACGCUUAUACUCAUCUCCUCUUAUACGGCAAAUUUGGCCGCUUUUCUGACCGUCGAUCGUAUGAUUACACCCAUAGAGAGUGUCGAGGACUUGGCCUCACAAACCAAAAUCAGUUACGGAGCCCUCGAAGGCGGCAGUACUAUGACAUUCUUCCGGAUUCAAGGGCCUAAUAUGAGCAUUCAGUUCGUCUGCAACCGAUUAUGUGAAUAUAUUUUACGCCAGAAUUGGCUGAACUAUCAAUAA